AUGCCACCUCAUCUCGAUCUUGCAAAGACAUACACACACGCAGACAUGAUUCUGUCAUCACGGAAAUCGCCUAGGAUUAGUUUGAGACCUGCGCCCUUUACGCCUCUGGAUAAAGGUCCUCUGUCUUCAACUUCUUCGAGGUUCAAUUUUAAUCAUUUGAUUGUUUCUCCUCCGCCUUCUCCUGGUCUGCCAGCGUUAGUACCUAGACAUGGGAAGCCUGUACCGAAACAUACGCCACGGAGAUGCCUCAGAGCCGCAAUAUGGUUGGCGGGGGUAGUGGUGAUAAUAUACUAUGGCUUCUCGAGGUUAACCUUAGAUCAUGGGGUGAAACCCGUGGGAUGGGCAACACAUUCUGGAGAUCAGUAUGAGAUGGUUGGAGAGUCGGAGUUGCCUGACUUUCCAACGCCAGUGGUGGUCACAGAUGGUCGUGGAAGAGCCAAGUGGACCGUUUCAAUACCUCCGGAUCACGAAUUCCCUCUGGAGCCGAAGCAAUAUGCAGAGAUAUGUACACAAAAUAUGGAGGUUUCGAAUCAUGUUGCGGAUUUGCACGCUCAUAUUCAUCACCAGCAUGCUGCUCAUUACGACUAUUACCAUGUGGACCCCCACUUCAUGGAUGUGGCUGAAGCUGAGGCUCAUGGACUUUUACCUGGACCGAAGGCGAAGACUAGUAUGAAGGAGGAUGGAUCACUGAUUGGGGAGAAUAAAGAUGGGUUGAUUGAAUCUGCUGUCUGUGAAAAGACUAUGACUUUCCUGUUGGAGACCCAUGAUGCGGGGUUGGGCAAGAUGUUAAUGAUGAUGUGGACUGCGUACGGCUUGGCAAAAAAGGAGGGGAGAGACUUCUUUAUUGAUGACUCGAGAUGGGUCUAUGGAAAGUAUACCAACUUCUUCAGGCCACCUCCAAUCCCAACAUGCAGACCCCCACCACGACACGAGAUGUUACCUUGCCCACAUCAUGCUCGCCAUCUCAUCGUCUCAGCCGUCACCGCUGCCUCUACCUUUGGAGGAGCAUUCAACGAAGCAUUCGAAGACCCCCGAAAAAUGGAAGUCUAUCGCCAAAAACCCAUCUUCGACCUCGCUCGCCAAGGAUACAACGCCCUCUUCCGCCUCAACGAAGCCGACCAAAAGUAUGUCGAUGAACGCUCCGACGAACUCCUCAACAAGACCUUCGGUCCUCCUCCACAAGAAGACCAGAAAGGCAUCAUAAUCGGCAUCCACGUCCGUCACGGCGAUCGCCACCCCUACGAGUUCCAGUACCGAGACAGCUACAUGCCACUGGACCGCUACGCCGAGAAAGCCCAAGAACUCCUCCACAAAGCAUUCAACGACUCAGGCGAAGAGAACGACAUGGCACUCGCACGCAGCCUCAUGGUCGUAGCAUCCGACGAUCCGGAAGUCUACGAAUCCGAAGAAUUCUCCCGCUCCCCCAGAGCACAGGAACAGAUCCGCCUCGCCUCAAACAAAGUCCUGACCUCGACCCCACCCCCGUCGGGCGUGGCAGCCAUCCGCAAAUUCGUCGAGGAAUCGGUUGGCUGGGAAGGCGGCUUCUUCGCCGGCAUGUUCUGGAGUCUGGGGAAACCGACCUCGGUACCAGCCACGGCGGUCGAAGCCCCGGACACGAAACUCCCGCCGACGGAAGAGGCGCUCCGGUUGAGGGAGUUGGUGGGGAGGGCGUACCUGAUGGAUCUAGCGGUGCUGGGACGGGCGAGCGAUCGCAUCGUGUGUACGGUUAGUAGUAUGGGGUGUAAAGUGCUGGCUGUGAUGAUGGGGUGGGAGAGUGCGGUUGUUGACGGGAGGUGGGUGAAUAUCGAUGGGGAUUUUGAGUGGAGGGGUGUUAGUUGGUGA